AUGUUGGCAAAUUUUUACGUGCAAUUCAUGUACGCAAACAUCUCAGGCGAGAAGGCAGUCACCGCCCUGCUGGAGGUCUUGGAACGAGAGAAGGAUAUCCUCCAAGCAGAGCGGAUACGGAAGGAGUCGUUAACACGACUAAUCAACCUGACAGUAAGUACCACAUAUUUUACAUUCAACCGCAAUAUCUAUCAGCAGAUACUUGGACUACCGAUGGGAUCUCCACUUUCACCUCUUUUGGCAAAUGUAUACAUGGACAGAUUGGAGAAAUAA